AGCCGGCAUGCCGCCCGGUGCCGGCAGUGAGCGAUGCGCUCGCUCGUCCUCUUGGGCCGUAGAGUCGCUCUGGCAGCCGGGCGCUGCGGCCACGGCUGUUGCGAGUUCCGCGAUGUUCUACGCGGUGAGGAGGGGCCGCAGGACCGGGGUCUUCCUGACCUGGAAUGAAUGCAGAGCACAGGUGGAUCGGUUUCCUGCUGCCAGAUUUAAGAAAUUUGCCACAGAAGAUGAGGCCUGGGCCUUUGUCAGGAGCUCUGGGAGCUCAGAUGGUUCAGAAGGGCAGAAAAAUACGUGUGUACCAGAAUCACAGGUGAAAGCCAGCAAGAGAUUCCGGGAACCUUUGGAUGAAGGUGAAGAUGAAAAUAAAGAGCCAUGUGCAAAGCAGACAAGACAGCACACAGAAUUAACUCCUCCAGCUAACAAGGACACUUUUUCUUAUAUGGGAGACUAUGUGGUCGUCUACACUGAUGGCUGCUGUUCCAGUAACGGGCGCAGGAGAGCACGUGCAGGAAUUGGUGUCUACUGGGGGCCUGGCCACCCUUUAAAUGUAGGCAUUAGACUUCCUGGGCGACACAACCAAAGAGCAGAAAUCCAUGCAGCCUGCAAAGCCAUUGAACAAGCAAAGACUCAGAACAUCAGUAAAUUGGUUCUGUAUACAGACAGCAUGUUUACCAUAAAUGGCAUAACUAACUGGGUUCAAGGCUGGAAGAAGAAUGGGUGGAGAACAAGUACAGGAAAAGAGGUGAUCAACAAGGAGGACUUCGUGGAGCUAGAGAAGCUCACCCAGGGCAUGGACAUCCAGUGGAUGCACAUUCCUGGUCAUUCAGGAUUUGUGGGCAAUGAAGAAGCUGACAGAUUGGCAAGAGAAGGAGCAAAGCAAUCUGAAGACUGAGCAAAGUCACUGAGCCCUGGGGAAACCCAAGCCAGUACUGCUACUUCUGCACCCUGGUGUUGACAGUAAGACCACGGCACAGGCCACUGCAGUAGAUGGUGGGCGCAGCUGUCUGUCACAAGCCAGGAAGACAUGGUGUGUCCUG